CUCCUGGUAAGCCUCGAAAAAAUUCCCAACUUUGCACUAGCAUUUCGCGCAACGCGCACCGAAUCGGUGCGAUUUCUUGAAUCCUGACGGUUUCUGUCGAAUUUACGGUUUCACAGGAUGGCUUCGCGGGCUCCAAUCGCCAUCCAAAACGAGAACCUGCCGAUCUUUCGCGGGAUCGAUGGCAAGAAGGCCGGGGCGGCGGCGAGGGUGGGGCGGCAGGAGCGCAGAGCCCUAGGUGAUCUCAGCAAGGCCCGGAGAGCUCGGCCGGCGAGCUCCACGGGAGGGAAAGCUACUGCAGCAGCCAGUGUUGGGGGAUCUGGUAAGAAUCUGGUGAAGCCUAGCUACCUGAGCGAUGAGGAUUGGAUGAAAUGCUGCGAGUGGGCGAAGGAUGGGGUUGAAACUGCCAGUUUUACUGGGAACGAUAUGCAGAAACUGCUCAGUGAUAAGCUGGAAGAGCGCAUACAGAAGAAGGUGGAGAAGGCAAUGGGGACGAUGCAACUCUCCAUGGACAGUCUUUACCGCAUCGAUGCGCAUUCAAAGGCAUGCAUGGUGGAUCCUGAAGAUAAAACAGAACUGGAUCUUGAUACAGAAUUUCUUCCUCCAAUGUCAUACUUAAGCUCAAGACUAGGUGAACACAACGCCAAUCAUGUUCUUUCUGACUUGGAAUUCGAACAUGAAACAUUUGCUAAUUGCAAUUUAGACUUGAAGCUCAAGGAAGAAUAUGGAACAUAAUUUCCUGAGGUCUCAUACUCUUGUAGUACAGUGUACUGGGAUCAUGUUCAACUCUUAGUACAUCUAGUUGUAUUGCAAUUUUUUUUUGUUUGUGUUGUAUCUGUUCUCUUAACCAAUCCAACUAUUCUGGGCAGCCAAAUUGACUCAGAUAUUUUGUUGUGUUGCUAGUUUUCCUUCUUGUAGUGUAAUGCUAUCUCUGUAGACUGUAGUUAUUCCCAUUCACAUUUUCUGGGGACACCAGUUGUUGAAAUGAGUUUAACUUGGCUUA